AUCUCACCAUCUCUUCUCUUCAGUCAGCUUUAGACGUUUGGGGGGAGCAAGUCUGUUUGAUGAAUCCUGUUCUCCGGCAUCACUCGCUCAUUCCCGUAUAAUCUCUUCCUUUGCUCCUUACCCAUCUCGUUUGGUUGACCCAUCCUGCACCGAAUCGACCUGCAUUUUGCACUUCCCUCCCACACCAUCCCAUCUCCUCGUUCACUGCGCCAGAAUGGCUCAGGCGCAACCGCAGUUGAGUAACAAAGAUGGCGCCCUGUUCCGACAGGUGGUCCGCCACUUUGAGAACAAGCAGUAUAAAAAAGGUUUAAAGGCCGCCGAGCAGAUUCUCCGCAAGCAUCCCAAUCAUGCCGAUACUCAAGCCAUGAAAGCCCUCAUCAUCAAUUCCCAAGGUCACACCGAAGAAGCCUUCGCUCUCGCCAAAAUCGCCUUGAACAACAACAUGAAAUCUCACGUUUGUUGGCACGUCUAUGGCUUGCUGUAUCGAGCCGAGAAGAAUUUUGAGGAGGCCAUCAAGGCAUACAAAUUCGCUCUCCGGUUAGAACCAGACUCCGCCCCCAUACAAAGGGAUCUGGCACAUCUCCAAAUCCAGAUGAGAGACUAUGAAGGUUACAUUUCAAGUAGAAGAAACAUGUUACAACAAAAGCCUGGCAUUCGUCAAAAUUGGACCGCUUUAGCCAUUGCUCACCACCUCGCUGGCAACUACGAAGACGCCCAAAAUGUUCUGACCACCUUUGAAGAUACCUUGAAAACCAAACCAAACAGAAACGACAUCGAACAUUGGGAAGCGGUCCUAUAUAAGAACUACAUAAUCGCAGAAUCCGGGGAAGUCGAAAAGGCCCUCGACCAUCUCGAUGCUGUUGGCAAAAAGAGCCCUGAUGUUCAGGGUGUCCUCGAGAUGCGGGCUGAUUACCUCGCGCGCUUGGGCCGUAAGUCAGAAGCCGAGGCUGCCUAUGCCCUCCUACUCGAUCGAAAUUCCGACAAUUCCGCUUACUAUGAUGGCUACAUCGACGCUAAAGGGCUAAAAGAUGGCCCUGCACUCGAUCUCAAAGUCGCCUAUGAACAACUGGCGGACAAGUAUCCAAAAGCAGACCUGCCCAGGCGAAGAUUACUCGAUGUCUUGUCUGGUCAGGAUUUCACAAAUGCUGCCGAAGUCUACCUGCAGAAAUUCUUCCAAAAAGGCGUUCCAUCCACUUUUGCCAACAUCAAGCAAUUAUACACCGAUUCCGACAAACGUGGCAGGAUCCAAAGUUUGGUCGAGGGCUAUGCCUCCAGCAAAGGCCCCUCACAGACCAACGGCAUCAGCAUUAACGGCGACCAGGACAAGUCACACUUUGAAGCAUCCGUCCUCUAUUUCCUUGCACAACAUUACAACUACAAACUCAGUAGAGACCUUGACAGGGCUCUUGACUAUGCCGACAAACUCAUCCAGCUAGAUCCCAAGUCAGUUGACUAUCACUCGGUCAAAGCGAGAGCAUACAAACACAAAGGUGAUCUCGUCAAAGCAGCAGAAGUCAUGGACUAUGCUCGAUCCCUGGACGAGAAAGACCGUGCGAUCAACACAAAGAGUGCCAAAUACCAGCUUCGAGCAGAUCAAAAUGAGAAAGCCCUUGAGACUGCCUCCAUGUUCACUCAGAACAAGUCUGGAGGUCCUCUGGGCGACCUGAUCGAUAUGCAAGCCGUCUGGUACUUGACAGAAGAUGGAAAAUCCUACCUCCGCCAGCGCAAACUGGGUCUGGCCCUAAAGCGCUUCCACCAAGUUCUCGCCGUCUUUGAAAUCUGGCAAGAUGACCAAUUCGACUUCCAUAAUUUCUCCCUCCGAAAAGGCAUGAUUAGAGCAUACGUCGACAUGCUCCGCUGGGAAGACCGCUUAAGGGACCACCCCUUCUUCUCCUCUGCAGCCAUCUCGGCUGUCCACGCCUACAUUCUCCUCUUUGACAACCCGGACCUCCAGCACGGUCCCAUCCCAUUGACGGUAAAUGGUAACGCAAGCGCGGAACUCAACGCCGCCGAACGUAAAAAAGCACUCAAAAAGGCCAAACGAGAGCAAGAGAAGAUGGAAAAGGCCGAGGCGGACAAGAAAGCCGCCCAAAAGGCCGCUAAGCCGACUCCCAAAUCCGAAGAUGUUGACGCUAAAAAAGAAGACAAGGAUCCCUUUGGUAAGACCCUCGUCGAAACCAAAGAACCCCUCAAGGACGCCUCGAAGUUUCUCGCCCCUCUGCUCGAGUUCAACCACCAGUCUGUUGAGGUACAAGCCGCGGCAUUUGAGUUGUACAUUCGAAAACGAAAAUUCCUGCUUGCGACCAAGGCGUUACUAGCUCUGAACUCCCUGGAUAGCAGCUACGAGAAGUUGCCACAGUACAAGCAACGGCUGAAGGAGGCUUUAAGUGGAAAAGAUGUUGAUGAAAAGGUGUCACAGAUUGUCAAGUUGGAGGCCAAAGACUUACUGUAAUAGAGCCAUACAGCGAACCUACUCUAAGGCCUGGUUAAGACUUGCUGUGCGAGAAGAGGGGUUUCUCUGUGAGAGUCAAACGCUUUGCGCAUUGCGCAGUCGCACCAGACGUGGAGAUAGCCGGGCGAAUGGGACUGCAUGCGUGAUUGCUUUCUCAAAGGAUGGUGAGACUGUGGUCAGCCCAGACUUGGGGAGCAGCUUAGCUCCCUUGCCCAUGAUCAAGCAAGAAUGGGCUACGAUGCGACUUGGUAGAUCAAGUCAAGUCGAUUUAGUAGACAAAAGUUGAUACUCUUGGUCACAUCACACACUGGAUCGCUGCCCUCAUGUUUGCGCAGGCUAGCAGUAAAAGUUUAGGGAACGAAAAAAGCACAAAAAGAUCAUAAUUCUUGAC